ACUGAAAGAAGAUUUGCAUAUUGAAACUAGUUCCUCUUCCUGGUUCUGACUCCUGACCUACGCAGCAUCAGCAGAUUGUAUGUUUCUUUAGGUAAAAAGAUCAGGAGACUCUUUUUACAAAGAAUAAAGAUGAUGCGAAGUUUUCCAGAAGAGAACGAUGAAUCCUUGUUUCCACAAGAGGAUGAACAACUUGAUUCUGGCGCAAUUUCAGAUGCCAACUACAGAAAUAUGGCUAAGGGGCAAAGUCCAUCUCCCAGUAAUUUAGCUCAAGGAUGGCAGCCACAACUAAAUAAGAACACUGACCGUAUAGCAGAAUUUCUGGGGACAUAUGAUCUGGAAAGACCUAAUACCCUAGCAUCAUAUAGCAACCCAGGAGAUCAUGGGCAUCCAAUGUUCGCAGAAGUUAAUCAAGACAGAAGAUCGCUUCCAUUUUGUCAUCCCGGUGUGCCACCUAUGCUGCAGUUUCCUCGCCUGUGCCAACCUCAUAUGCAACCCAAUUACUGUGGCCCACAGAACAGUUCUGCCAUGCCUUUGAACGCAUCUCCAUACAAUCUUCCUAGGCAUGAUGGGUAUACAUAUGGUCAACAGCCUCAGAUUCGGAAUACCCAUCCCCGUUUAAUUCCUCAAGAGGAGCCUGGUACAGGACUGAAGAUGAGUAACUUGCCAUCAGAGCAGAGAAGAGUCUUCAUAACCUAUUCCUUAGAUGCUGCAAAUGCAGUUAUACAACUGGCAAAUCUUUUGUGCUCCAAUGGAUUCAAGACAACAAUUGACAUUUUUGAGGGAUCAAUUCGUGGAAUGGACAUCAUCAGAUGGAUGGAGAGAUAUCUCAGUGAUACAAGUGUGAUCAUCAUCAUAGCGAUCAGCCCACAGUACAAAAAGGAUGUUGAUAUGGACUUGAUUCAUGUUAGUGAUGAUCAUGGACUACAUACACGAUACAUCCACAGAAUGAUGCAGACGGAGUUCAUAAAGCAAGGAAGCAUGAACUUUAGAUUCAUUCCUGUACUUUUUCCAAAUGCAACCGAGGAUCAUGUGCCCAACUGGCUGAAAAACACCCACAUUUAUCGAUGGCCGUAUGAUACAGGGAGACUAUUCCUACGACUACUAAGAGAAGAGGAAUAUAUUAUUCCCCCGGUUGGACCACUACCAGUACUGGAAGUCAGAACUAUUAAUGGACAAUAUCUCUCCUAUUAGAAAAAGUGUAUUUGUAAAUGACGCAAACAAUAAUGCAGUUAGAUGGGCAUUUUUUUUAACAAUUAAAAAUACGGUUUGCCUUAUUAUGACUGUGCACAUCAGCUCCCUUGAUGCCCAAAGUGGAGGUUUCAGAAUACGAUCAUUUACUUUAAUUCUUAAUUUUCAGCAUGCUAGCUAUUGAAUGGACAAUCCAAUAACUGCUCCGGCUUCUCACCAUUCCCUAGUGUAUAUAUUCCACAAUUUAUUCCACCCCAUCUCUUUUAUACAUGUAGAGUUCUCAAUUCACUGAAGUUGAAUGCCAAUAAGAAUGUGCGACUUAUUGCCUUCCUCCACUGCUCUCAGCAGUUUUUUUAAAAGUGAGCAGGGCCACUCCAGACCGACACAUUUACUAUAAAUGAUGCCUGAAAAUUGCACACGACCAUGUCCGUAUUGUGGCCUGGAAAAUACAGAUACGUUGUGUGCGCUCCGGAUUUGUCUCACUCUCAUUACUAAAAAUGACUAUUCUCAUCCGCAAAACAUAGGACAUGAAUUUGACGAACGGACAUAUGGUACAGAUGUGGACAGCACAUAGAUGGCUAGGAAUUAAUGGGUCCAUGUAUGAUCCUAAAAAAAUUGAGAUUGGACAUAGAAGCAAAAUAAGGUUGUGUGCAUUGAAGAUUACCAUGUGAAACACCAGUCUUUAGUGAAUGAGCGUUAUUGUUUUUGUGUGACAUUACCUUCAGGUUUGAUUAGAGAUGGCCAUACAUUUGAGAUAAUGAUCGGCUGCAUUGCAGCCGAUCAACUGUCCAUGGGAUUGUUUGUAUGAAGGAUCCCACCAACUAAACAGCCCGACCAGGAAGUGAUCGUCUGAAUUCGUCAGAACAUGCCAUGUUUCGGCGGAUAAAUGGUCAAAGUUUCUCGGCCUUUUUGGCAGACAAGAGUCUGCCGUCGGAGAUCACGAACGCUUAUUAGCGCUAGUUUUUCAAAUGACAGCCAGCAGAUCCUGUUAGCAUUGUUAGUUUAGUCAUUGGGACACUCACGGGGCUUGCUGCUGCGAUACACGAACGAAAAUUCAUCCUUAUUACGCCUGUGUGAAACCAGGCAUUGGUGUAGAUCACGGUGAUGUGCAGGUAGAGAAUUCGCUUAGGGCUAUGCAGCAUUAUAAACUUGCAUGAAUAGUAUGUAGUAUGCACAAGGGUUUGUAGUUUUUAGCAAUGUGUAGAAAGAAAAAGACAAACAUGUUAGAUUUUUUUUCUCACACAAGCUUUAUUUUCCUUUAAUAUAAAUAGUAAUGCAAAUGUAUACAUACCUGGGAUUGCUACCUAAGGCUCCAUUCACACGUCCGCAAUUCUGUUCCGCAUUUUGCGGAACGUAAAUGUGGACCUAUUCAUUUCCAUGCAGACCCGCACUUCCGGGUCCGCAAUU